AUGUCUACCUCUGCUGGUCCGUCCAGAACUCCUUUGCGCGGCCCUCCUCCCCUGCUUGCGCAAGAUGACCAGGAAGCAGCAGCGGAGGCUCGUCAUCACCUUUCGCCCAAGAUCGGACUCUUUCGUGUGCUGCCUUCUUUCCACCGAGCUCGGCCCAAAUGGAAAGACGCGAAAGACGCGAAGAAGCAGGAGCACGGAGUGGAUAUACAGCAGGACUUCCUUCCCACAAUGGGGUCUGCAGCAUUUGACACUGGCCUAGUGCAAUUGCAUGACGAUUUACUCGGAAAGUCCGACACAGGCGCGUCUGUAUAUAGGUGGGCAGUACUGUACGAGAACCAGAGAGGAGCAACAUUUUUCUCUUCUGGAUACUACUCACCUCAGACGCUACUCCCAUUCGACCCUCCAGCAUAUACCCUUCCUACACCGAAGCCCUCUAAACGAGUCUGGAGAAAGCAGCCUACAGUCUCACUUUCCUCUUACCCCCUCCCUGACGGCACCUGGCACUGGAUCUCACACACGUGGAUGGUUGACAUGCGCGGCGACGGCGAAGUCCAGCAUGAUGGCUUCGAGUAUGCAUGGUCGUUCCGCUCGCGCAAUUGGCGCGCAGAGGUGGGCUUCUUGAGCGCAGGAGGGUUUGUGAGACGGCGGAGAUGGGUGAGACUUAUGGCGCGGGACGAAGGUAAGAAGAUCGGCGAACGUGAGGGUGCAGGGAUUUUGGCAGCGGAUGCGGAGAGAGCAGGGAAGGAGGUAGAGGGCGAAAGGGAAGAAGCCGGAAUGCAAGAGGCAUCGCGAGAGGUGGCCUUCGGACCACAGAUCCUACACAAUAACGCGGGAGCGACAAGACCUCCAUCUGUCGUGCCCAGUAUCAUGGACGAAGACGAGGAAGGGCGUAUUCGCGUGUGGCGCGGCGAUGACGGUGAUUGGCAGCGCUGUCAUGCCGCACUCCGGCGCCCCCGGAGAGACGGGAAGAAGCUGGAACUCUGGAAAAAGUGGUUCGGCUUCGCUUUCGAGGGAGAGGCUCCAGGAUCGCAGCCUUUGCCUAUUGCUGAUGAAUAUGGAGACACGGAAUCCGACGCCUACAGAGGCAAAGGGAAAGUGAAGGCACGACAGUACGAGGUAUCGCCCUCGUCGUCCCAAGAUAAUUCGCUGGAUUCCGAGACUGGCGAGGACGGAGCUGAGAUUCCUAAAGAAUAUAUCCGGCAGACGAUUCGAUUACAUGGCUCAGACAUACUACACUUAUUUGUCUAUCCUGACUCUCGCGCACAAUUCCUGGAGAUCUUGGAUGCGGCUGGAAUGCUGGGUGACCUGAAGUCCAGCAUGGGCAUUUCGGAUAGCACGGAAGUGCUUGACUUCUGGAGCUACGCCCAUCAUCUAGAACCACUGGACGGUGUAGGUGAGGAAUUGCCGGAGGAACCUGAUACCAAGAGUACGGAGUCUGGAGGGGACGAGUCGUAG